GCUCAAGGGGUGGGGACCAGCUCCAGUGUCCUCUUUGGAGGCCCAAAGGCUGGCAUUUCUGGCCCCAGUGCCCCACGGCAGGGAUCCUUGUGGAAACCUGUCUGGGAGCGCACAUACCCUGGCAUCAAUGGGACUGAUACUGGCCACCAUGUCCAAUUCUGGUGCUCAUGCUGCCCAUAGGGUGGGGCUGAAGCAGUGAGGGGUUGGAGAAGAGCCCCCCCGAACAAGCUGAGAGCUAGGCCAGCAGCCCCCAGCGAGGGGCUGUGGAGUUCUGCAAGGAGAAGGCUGGGCUAGAAUCGAGGCGAGGCCAGGGGUUUGGCCAGCAGAAGGCUGUCCAGGCUCGCUGGCAGGGCGAGGGCCUGGAGCUGGGAGAGAAAGGCUAGAGCAAUUCACCCUUGCACGGAUUCACCGGGGUUGGGGGAUUCUCCUGAAUCCAGAUGGGAGCAGUGUGUGAGCGUGAGCCCCGUGGGGUUGGCCAGGUGCUGGCGUUGCUGGGCGGGAAGCACCCUGCCUGGGUUAUGCAGGGGUUCUCGUGCUGGCAGGUCAAUGCGCCUGUUUGGAUUGGCUGUGUGGCAAUAGGGCUGGUGCACAGGAAUGUGGAGAGCAGAGGGUUUGUGUGAUGGGACCGUGCACCCCAGUGGUGGGGCUGGGAGGUGUUCUUGGCAGGGCGAGCUAUUCACCUGUUGCUAGUGAACGAAAAGCACUGACCCUUGGCUCCGUUGGGGCAGGUAAGAGCCACCCUCCAGCAAGGGUCACGUGCUGCCAUUUGGGAUUGAGCCCUGGGUUUGUAUCAGCCAUGUCUGUCCCGAGGCCAGGCUGCUCCAUAGCACGGGGCUUUCUCACCAUCUCCUGGGGCUAGCACAGUUCUGCAUUGACCAGACAUUGUCCCUGAGAGGGGAAGGGAAGGAGCCUGAUGGGUUGGAUGGGUGGUGUAGACAAUCAGACAGUGCUAGGAAUGGAGCGGUGCACAGGAUAAGGUGGAGUCUGGUGAUGGGGGAUUGAACCACAUGGAGACCAGGGCCCCUGCAGCCUGGGGUCCCUGCACAAUGGGCUCAGGAGCAGGAUUUUAUUACAAGGAAUUUUUUAAAAUUUAUUUAAUCAAACCCCUUUUCCUGGCAUGAGGUGUUCAGACUCCCCCACCCAGCUGUUGGAGUGAAUGAUAGGGGUGCUGCAGUCCUCCUACCACAGGAAUGGUACCACCUUAGCACAGGGAUUAGGGACAGGUUGCUGCAGGCAGCAGAGAUUCACCCUCUUCUCCCUCCAGAAUUGUGCAAGGAGUGGUGCUCCUGGAGCCGUGUAGAGACGCCAUCAGAAUGGUGAGGAAGGCUGUGCUGCUGCCUUGAACUUCCAGGACCCCGGUUUCCAGGCCCCCUCUCCCAAGUCCUGGCACGUCCUGCCAGUAGCUCUCGGCAGCCGGCUGCUCUUGCAGCCAGCUCAGUGACUGGCACCCCCUCACCAUUUUAAAGACGCCAAGUACUGGAGAAGUGAAGCCAGGACCCAGCUAGCCUGGCCACAAGAGCCGCCAGUGCCAGAGAAGGGGUGUCAGGGAAGCUCCCAGCAUGAAGCUUUUCACCCUCAUCCUGACGCUGGCUAUCCUGGCAGGCAGCCAGGCCUCUCUCCUCAGCGAUGAGCCCACACCAAGGCUGGAGCAGGUCCGCAAAGGCUUCUGGGAGUAUGUGGCCAAAGCCACCAGUUCCACCGAGAAAACCAUGGAACUGAUCCGUAAAUCUGAGCUGGGCCAGGAGAUCAACAGCUGCAUCAGCCACAGCCUGGCGGCUGCCAACACCUAUGGCACAGAGCUGCAGAAGCAGCUGCCCCUUGAGGCCCAGGAGCUGGCGGCCAAGCCGAGCAAGGGCACAGAGCAGCUGGUGCAGAAGAUUGCAGGGGAGCUGCAGCAGAAGGGGCAGUGGAGCGUGGAGGACUUGCAGGCUGGGCCGGCGCCCUACGCCGAGGGGCUGCUGGAGCAGGCAGAGCAGCGUGCUGAGACCCUGCACCACAGCGUGGCGGCUGGCACCCAGGAGCUGAGCGAGCGGCUGCAGCAGAGCGUGGAGAAGCUGCGAAGCCAGCUGGGUCCCUUCGCCCAGGAGCUGAGCGAGCGGCUGCAGCAGCCCGUGCAGGAGUUCCAGCAGGGGCUGGAGCCCUACCUGCAGAAGCUGCAGGGGAGCCUGAGCCAUGGCGUGCAGCACGUCCGUCGCAACCUGCACCCCUACGCCGAGGACCUGCAGGGGCGGCUGGGCUCCCUCUGGGCCUCCUUCCUGCAGCACUUCCAGUGAGGGGCCUGCGCUGGUGGGGAGAGGGGAACCCAGAGCCGGGCGGGCGGGCAGGCCGGGGGUAAGACACCGACCCCAUCCAUCCAUGGAGCCCAUGGGACUGGGGGAUGGGAGCACAGACUCCAUCCAUGCACGGAGCCUUCAGGGGUCACAGGUGCUCGAGUGGGGACAACCUCUUCUCUAAGGGCCUCUGACAUGCCCAGGUUCCCCAUCCCAUCACCCCUAGUCGCUCCCUGUGUCUGCAACAACCUCCCAGGGGCUCAAUAAACCACCUGCUAAUUAAUCACCCUGUGCACUGCUGCUGCCUCCCUGGGGGAGGGGAGCAGCCUUUAUAACCCCGCUCGCUGCCCCGUGGGGCUGGGGUCGUGCAGCCCCGGUCAGUGAGGGAGAACAGGCUCUUAGCCAAGCCACGCGUGGGGUGCAAGCCAGGGGGAUGAUCAUGGGCAUGUGAUGGGGACAUAGGGCCGUCUCCUGGGCGGGGGGCCUUUCCCCUUCGAAACUCUCCCCUUAAACCUUUCUCCUAGAGCUUGCUCUAUCCCUGCGCUGCUGUGACCUCCCGAUAAACAGCUCUGGCCAGUGUUACCCACAAACUUUCCUCACCAUGCUGUCUGCAGCGCAGGCCCACUGGGGCUGUCACUGCCUGUGUGUGGGGCGCCCCCCGUAAGAAACCCUGCCACUGUUCUGCAGCACAGACCCCUGGCACUGCACUGGGGCCAUCUCUGCCUGUACGGGGGAGGAAGUGUCUCCUACUGAGCCCCCCACAUGUACACCCCAGCACUGCAUUCGGGGGAGCACUCCAUACUGAGCCCCCUCCCACAUACAGCCCACUCUGCAACACAGACCCCCUGGCACUGCACUGGGGCUAGGGUUGCCAACUGUCUAAUCACAGAAACUCAAACACCCUUGCCCUGCCCUGCCCUGGAUCUGGGCUGGGGUCAAGGGGUUCGGCGUGUGGAAGGGCCGCUAGGCUGAGCCUGUGGCAGGG